AUGGCUGAAAAUGGUGAUAAUGAAAAAAUGGCUGCUCUGGAGGCCAAAAUCUGUCAUCAAAUUGAGUAUUAUUUUGGAGACUUCAAUUUGCCACGGGACAAAUUUUUAAAGGAACAGAUCAAACUGGAUGAAGGCUGGGUUCCUUUGGAGAUAAUGAUAAAGUUUUAUAGGUUAAACCGUUUAACGGCAGACUUUAAUGUAAUAGUAGAGGCCCUGAGCAAAUCAAAGGCAGAACUCACGGAAAUAAGUGAAGAUAAAACUAAAAUUAGAAGAUCUCCCAGCAAACCCCUCCCUGAAGUGACUGAUGAGUAUAAAAAUGAUGUAAAAAACAGAUCUGCUUAUAUUAAAGGCUUCCCAACUGAUGCAGCUCUUGAUGACAUAAAAGAAUGGUUGGAAGAUAAAGGUCAAGUACUAACUAUUCAGAUGAGAAGAACGUUGCACAAAGCAUUUAAGGGUUCAAUAUUUGCUGUAUUUGAUAGUAUUGAAUCAGCUAAAAAGUUUGUCGAGACCACUGGCCAGAAGUACAAAGACACAGACCUGCUAAUACUUUUCAAGGAAGAUUACUUCACCAAAAAAAAUGAAGAAAGAAAGCAAAAUAAAAUGGAAGCUAAAUUAUGA